AUUUUUAUUCAGUGUACAUUUAAAUUGUGUUUUAAUGCAAUUUUGUCCCACCCUGCUCCAUUUCAAAUUUGGCUCCCAGUGUGUCUUUACUUCCGGGCUAUUUUGAUGCAAUUUGCAAUUCCUUCUCUGUAUGCUCCUAGGUCACAGUUAGUGAUGCAAUGGUAAAACAAUGGGUGGAUUAAUGCCGAUUGUGGUGCAUUUACCCUCCACUAAACCACUGGUCAUAGUGUUUACAAAUAUGGCCAUUGGCUAAGGUUUUAUUCAGGGUCACACUAUCUCAUAUUCAGUAGGCAGCAAACAGAGAAGAUACAUGGGACCUAUUCAGGUUCAAAUGUUGCAGAUACAGGCUAAAUAUGAACUGACACAAUUACCUGUCAUUCUGCAUUACACACCAUAUGUAGGGGGCCCAAGAGCGACCAUCGGUCCUUCAGUGGUCAACCAUCCUCCACAGUCCCCAUGAUGUGUUCUACACUUUGCCAGUAGAUGGUUAUGAAUCAUGGUCAAAUUUUCCGAUUAUAUAUGUCUUGGCCGACCAAUUCUUGUAGUCUGUUCUAGGCUAUACACUUCUGUCUGAAUGUCCUGCAAUAUUAUGCACUCCUGAAUUUAAGCCCCUGGGCUGUAACUAAUCCAUUUUGUGUACAGGCAGUCUUACCUCUUAAAUCCUGUAUGGAUAUGGAAGUUGGCAUAAAAUAUUUGCAAAAAUUGAAUCUAUGUCAUUGUGGUAUUCCAUCAGCACCUUAAUUGGUCUCACGUUUUUGCCAGAGAUGCCAAGUGCUUUAUAUCCCAUGGAAAUACAAUACAUUUCAAAUUGUUUUUAAUAGGAAUUAUAACGUCAAACUCCUGCGCAACUCUGUAUACGAUCCCUUUGUACAGUCCACUGAAGACUAGUUUAUGACGCGCGUGAACAAACCCUCUGAAUUGGUGCGUGGGAGGGGCAACACCGCAGUGCAUAGUGCUGUUGGACUGUACCGAUGAGAAUCAGCCAUUGAAAACAAAUUAUCGUUACAUACCUACAUAAAGAGAAAAGAUACGUAUUUGGAUGACACAACAACGAUUAUGAUCAUUGUUGGCUAGCUGAUGGAAACGGACAUCUUUAGAAAUGUGCGCGAAUGUCUUUGGCGCUUUGAAAAGACACAUCACUGUGGAAUAGCAGCAGAGGAACCGCCUGCAAAUACAAUAUUUUGAGAGCCUCUCAAUCUGCAGUGUCUGGAUGCCGAUGGUGCAGAAGUUAGGCUACUGGUGUGUUCUUCUGAGCCAGCUUGAUCAUACCUGAGCCAGCUUGAUCUUAUUCAUUGAGUUUUCCCUCUGGAGUUUUUCUUGUUUGGAAAGCCCUUUGAUGGUGGAAAGAGGAUGGACCAUGGCAGCCAGCAGCAGCAGCAGCAGCAGCAGCACCCAGCCAUGAUACGGCUCUAUGAGGUCCAGCGGGAGGUCCAGUCUCUGGGCCCUCAGGUGUGCACCUUCAGCGGGUUGAAAAACGAGCGUGAGUACCGGCGGCUGGAGCGCGAGCUGACCCGGCUGCUCCUGGAGGUCGACCAGGUGGACACGGAGGGCAGGGCAGACCUACAGGGGGCACGCAAGAGAGCAGCCCAGGAGGUGGAGGGGCUGCUGCGCUACCUUGAGGAGAACGCCACCCACCCGUCCCGCCUGGCCAUCGAGGAGCUGAGCCGGGAGGCCCAGGGGCUGGUGGAGCAGGGGGUGGUGGAACCGCAGCGAGCCGGGGGCACAGCGGAGAUCAGUGAUGAGCUGGUGGAUGCUGUGCAGGAGCUGAUACUGAGGCUCACCCAGGUGAAGACAGGAGGGAGGGUGCCCCUCCGUAAGGCUCGCUAUCGGGCCCUGACACGACUGUGUGCCGUGCAGGACGUGAUCGAGGGGCGCACGCGCCAACAGACCCUCCCCCUGUCAGAAGAUACACACGUGGCCGUGCAGAGGAUCAACCAGGUGAUGGUGCAGGUGAGUGGGGCGCGCAGCCAGCUCGUGGCACUGCUGAUGGGGCUGAGUGGGAGGGAUAGCUGUGCCCACCUGUCCCGCGUGCUCACUGAGCUCCUGGUGGAGCUGGAUGCCCUCGAUGUGUCGGGGAACGCAGCGGUCCGGAACUACCGCAAACAGGUGGUGGAGGAGAUCAACGGUCUGCUCAAACACCUGGACCUGGAGGGGGAGGGAGAUGACACGCGCAGGUAUGACUUGGCGCAGAAUGACUCAAUCCGUCAGAUUGAGGCUGUGCGGGGUCGGGUGGGCCAGCUGCGCGGGGAGGUCCUGCGACACUGUGGGGUGGGCGACCUCUUCAGGCCCAAGCCUGAGCUCCAGAGUCUCCUCACACACCUGGACCAGGUGGACACGGCCCGUAACCCCUGUAUCCGUGAGGCCCGCCGACGUGCUGUGCUGGAGGUCCAGGCUGUCAUCACCUUCCUGGACCUCCGUGAGGCCCUGAUCUGCCGCCAGCCUGGCUCCAACGAGCCCCCACAACACAGGGCUGUGUGGAUGGUUCUGGGCAGCCUGUCAGACCUCCAGGCCCAGGUACUCUGCUUCAACGGCAAGCGGGCCGACAAGAGCUACAUAUUGCUUGAGGAGCUUCUAACUAAACAGCUGCUGGCCCUGGAUGCAGUUGACCCACAGGGUGAUGAGAUGACCAAAGUGGCCCGCAAGCAGGCAGUCAAGUUUGCCCAGAACAUCCUCAGCUAUCUGGACAUGAAGACAGACGAGUGGGAAUACUGAUCCACUGGAAAAGACUAUACAUAGCUGAAGUAUGCAUACGCCGACCUAUUAAAUUGUAUAUAUACACUGGUGUAUCAUCACUCUAAGAGUUUGGGUCUGUACAUUUUGACGAAAUCCCAGAAUGCACUGCAGCAGCGCUUUUGGUCUCUUUGUUGUCAUUGUCGCUGGCCUGUGGGUAAAAACAACAACCCAAGAAUUUUUUUGUGAAAUACAAUUUGGAGAAAAGUGUUAUGACGUGCUUUUGAAAGUUUAUUGAGCAUCUUUUUUAAAUCUACUGUAUGUGUAUGAGUUUUGAUCAGUGUUGUUGUGUGGUUGUAAAGCCUGCGGCCAAAAGCACUGAAGCCUGUUAUGGUGGUGGUCAGAGUAGUUAAGAUCCAGUCACGUCGUCUGUUUUUCAAAAGCAGGAGUGGGACUAGAGUAAUUACAUCUCAAUGGUAUCCAUGUUUUGCUUGACUACUUUGGAGGUCAGUUGUAAAUUAACUCAGCCAAACGAUGUCUGUGAUGUCUCAAAAUACUUCUUUACCGAGAUGAACAGAGAGUGUACAUCAGCACUGUGAGACAAGAUCUUCACCUGUUCAUUUAGCUUAUCCUCUGCUCUCUUUCUUCCUUUAAUCAACACUUCUGAGGCAAACUCCCCAUAACCAUGGCUGGACACACCAGUCUCUGGCAACUGUUCAGGUGACAAAUGAAAAGGAGAGCUUCUUCAUGGCUUUACCCACUGUCCUACAACAAUGAGGAUGGGCAUGGAACUCAGUGAAGUUAAACGGCCUGUGAGAUCCUUUGUCAACUUGGAGGGUUAGUUAAAGGCCUAGUAAAUAAAGAAUGAAUAUUUGUAGACACGAUAAAUUACUAUGUUUGUCUGUAAUUUGUAGCUAAAUGUUGAUUGUGACUUGUGUGUUUGCGAGGCUAUAUCUUGUCUGCAUUGAAUUUAGUGAAGGGGAAAAACAGAGUGUGGAGGUGGUUUUGUUUUUGUCUGUGACUUUUCUAUUGUCAGAGGAGUAUGUUGAUAGUGAUCACAGUGGACAGGGCAGUCUAAAACCGCUUCAGCAGAGGUAGAGAGCUAUUAGUAAAAAAAAAUCUGUGUCUUUCCUUUCACCCCCCCCCUUCUGGUGUUUUUACCUCAAACAAAGCAACCCCCACCAUACUCCACACACAAGCUAUGGAGGGACUGGCUGCUACCUUUUACAAAAGAAUCCUGAAUCCUGAAUGCACAUAGACCAGAAAAAGCACUAAAUGGGUGACUGAGGAGCACCUAGGCUAUUGUCACCGUGACAAAUGUGCACUUUUUACAAAUGUUCAGUAUUAUACCUCAACUGUUUGUAAAUGGACCCCUGCAUGCCUGGUAGAUAGCCCUAAGUACUAACAGAGCAUAAACAGUCCUCAGUUAACUCCCACAGAACUCCCAGACUCUCAACAUGACAGGGGUUAUUCAACCCUUCCCCUGCUGCUGUUGAAAAACAUAUGGCACAAAAACAGUGAAAUCCAGCUACACGUACAUGGGAUGUCUGACUCAUAAGUGAGAUAAUGAUUCGAUUAGACAGUGUUCAGUGUGGCCUUCGUGUAAUGGGUGUUUGUUCACACAGCAAACCUAAUGCUGUCUCAAAACAACCAACCCUGCCAGAUCAGAGGCUAACACUAGCUACUGUUAUAAUUCUCCUCUUGAUCUGCUCACGUACCAGUAGGUGUGAUUAUCAACACACAGUUGCACACAACCUUGCAGAAAUUGAACAUACCUCUUAUCUGAAAGCAAUGCAAGGUGUUCUAUCUGAACUACGUAUGCAUCGGUUGCAUCCAGUGUUUGAAAAUGCAUUGAACAUUUUAGGGGUAGAAUGUAUAAUUUUGUCAGUGAAGAAUACCAAAGCUGAUUUAUUUCAAGGAAACUUUUUUAUGGUCUUUACUCUGUGGUGGACCUUUUGGUUUGCUUAUUUUGCAAAUGGCAGGAAUGUGUCUGUGGGGUACAGUAUUAAAUGUUUUAAUUUGACGAUCUGUUUCUCCAGUCGCCUUUGACUAAGUGGAUUGUGACAGGCUCUGCUGUGUUUCUCAUACAAGAUGCACGUGUACAAACGCACACUGAGGUUUAAAUGAUGUGUGAAUGCUUCAAUAAUAGGUUUGUUUGACUUUUUAUUCCCACUCCAAAAUAAUAAUAAAAAGGUGUGUCCCGGA